AUGUUGAAGAUCUGGUCGAUGAAGCAACAGCAGCAACAGGCUGAAAAUGCCGAAGGUGCUGCUGGCAAGAAGAAGAAGAAGGUCACCGCCGCACAACUGCGAGUGCAACGAGAUCUUCAAGAACUCACCCUCGGCAACACAAUGAAAAUGUCCUUUCCCAACCCCGAUGACAUCCUCAACUUCACCCUGAGCAUCGAGCCGGACGAGGAAUGUACAAGGGUGGUCAAGUGCACGCAGAAGAUCUAUCACCCAAAUAUCGACCUUGAGGGCAAUGUUUGCCUGAAUAUCUUGCGGGAGGACUGGAAGCCAGUGUUGAAUCUGAAUGCGGUUAUUGUUGGGAUGCAGUUCCUUUUCCUGGAACCAAAUGCCUCCGACCCUCUUAACAAGGAAGCCGCCGAAGACCUCCGUUCAAACCGCGAUAGCUUCAAGCGCAACGUCCGAUCUUCCAUGGCCGGCGGGUCCGUCCGUGGUGUCUCGUUCGAACGGGUGCUAAAAUAG